UCUCCCUUCUCCCUUCUCUUCCUUGCUCUCUUCUUCCUUUUGCUCCCCUUCUUUUCACCAGAACAUACAUAUAAAUAUAAUAUGGUGAGGACGAGGAAGCCGAGCAUGGGACGUCAGAAGAUCGAGAUCAAGAGAAUCGAGAGCGAGGAGGCCCGCCAGGUGUGCUUCUCGAAGCGCCGCGCCGGGCUCUUCAAGAAGGCCAACGAGCUCUCCAUCCUAUGCGGCGCCGAGAUAGGUGUCAUUGUCUUCUCCCCCGCCGGCAGGCCUUUUUCUUUCGGCCACCCCUCCGUCGACUCCAUCAUCGACCGCUUCCUCUCCGGCAGCCCCUCCCCUCCGACUCUGCCGUCCGCUGACCACCGCAUGCCGCUGGCGCAGGAGAUGAUGGUCGUCCGCGAGCUCAACCGCCAGUACACGGAGCUCGCGGCCUUGCUGGAGACCGAGAGGAGGAAGAAGGCGGCGCUCGAGGAGGCCGUGAGGAUGAAGCAGGCGGGGGAGGCCGCCUUGUGGGGCGCGAACAUCGAAGUGCUCGGCGUGGGGGAGCUCGAGAGGCUGCAUCAGUCCUUGGAGAGGCUGUGGAGGGACGUGGCGAGGUGCGCCGACCAGCUCGUCAUCGAGGCCGCGCAUGCUCGGAGCUCCGGCAUCGCAGCGGCGAGUAGUACUGCUCUUCCUCCUCCUUCUGGUGUCCAUCUAGGCUUUGGUCGUGGAUUGGAGGAGGGGAGCAUGGCGCUUCCUCCUCCCGCUACUGCCUUUGGUUAUGGUCGUGGAUUGGAGGGAGGGAGCAUGGCGCUUCCUCCUCCCGCUACUGCCUUUGGUUAUGGCCGUGGGCUCUUUUAGAGGAGCACGAGUCGUCUACGUCCAACUAAUUAAUGACAGAAACGGCCCUGGUAGCGGUCCUGCUUCUGUUGACUGGUCUUGCAGCCACUUGAGAUUUGAGAAGAAUAAUGCAAUGGUGUCGGGAACGAUCUCAUCAAUUUUGUGUUUUAGUUACGGCGAAGAUUCGUAAGACUUAAUAUUGAUUGCAUGCUCUUGUUGAUCCAUAUCAAAUUGUACCACGUUGUGGUAAAACAGUUCUAGGUAAAGAAGCAGCGAGAUCAUGGUUGCUAACAAUUAAUAUUUACAGCUUCCGACCUAAUACAAAAGGAAGGCCAUUGGUAAUUAAGGAUCAAUUGCAUCUUAUGGAUUUACCAAUUAUGC